AUGGUAAGGAGAAAAAUUGAGAUCAAGCCCAUCGAGAAUGAGAAUGCACGUCAGGUUUGCUUCUCCAAACGCCGCCAGGGCCUGUUCAAGAAGGCUAGUGAGAUCUCCAUUCUGUGUGGAGCAAUGGUUGGUUCUGUUGUCUUCUCAAGCUUUGGUAAGUCAUUUUCCUUCGGCCAUCCAUCCAUUGAUGAUGUUGUGAACCGAUUCCUCAAUUCGGUUACUCCUGAUGGUCCUGCUUCGAGUGGUGCAAACCAUGAUAACAGCUUGGCUGUAAUGGGUACUGUCCAAGGGCUGAAUAUGGAGUAUUUGGAGCUGCAACAGUCCAUGGAUUCUCAAAAGAAGAAAAUGGAGAGGUUGCAAGAGGCAACUAAAAAGGAAAUGGGAGAACGCAUGAUGCAGUGGUUAAAUGCUAAUAUCUUGGAAUUGGGUCUUGAUGAGCUGCAAGAGUUCCAAAAGUUGCUGGAAGCAAUAGAUGGUGUUGUCAAAGAGAAGGAGAAUAAUAUAGUGGUUGAAGCAAGGGAAACUGAAGGGUCAGCGACACAACCACCUAUGGAGAUAGCUUCAGCUUCGCAGUACCAGUUUGGUGAGCACAUCAGUGCCAAUUCUAUGGCUUUCACAGCUCCUAGCUCAAGCAAUGGAUUCAUUGAUGGAUUUGAGGUCAACGAUCCAUUUCUUAGUGGUGGUCUCCAUGAUGUUUGUGGCCUGGGGAAUUUCCCCUACAACCAGAAUCAUGGUUGA